CUCUUAAAAGUUUUAUAUAUAUCCAACCAUCACCCUUUGGUUGGUUAUCAGAAAACAUGUGUUCCUAAUCUAAAAAGCAAAGAUCAUCUUAAUCAAUUAAUUCUUCCCAAAUUUCUCUCUUCCUUCCAUAAAAGUUGCAUACAAGCAAGCAGGAGAAUGGAAAACGUGGACGUGUUUGAAAUGGAAAUGGGAAAGCAUAGUGAGAUUGGAAUGCAUAAAGUAGAAGCAGAGAGCGUAUCUAAUAACGAAAUGCCACAAAUUAUUGAGGCUCAACAAGAUCUCUGUGAUAAUGUUGUGAUAUCCAUCCAAAAAAUGUUGAACCAAAUGCAUUCUAUCAAUGGAGAUUGUAGCAUCUAUCGAAUUCCCAAACAACUACGCGAGAUGAAUCCUAAAGCAUACACCCCUCAACUCAUUUCCAUUGGCCCUUUUCAUCAUUAUCGACGUCAAAAUGAUUUUAAAGCUACAGAACAAUAUAAGCUUCAAGCCCUUGUUAACUUUCUGCGUCGUAUUAAUAAUAACAAUGAGACCAUGGAAGAAGAUCAGGACGUAAAAAAAAGUAGAUCAUUGGAUGACCUCUUGAAAAUCGGAACGUUGAAGGUUCUGGUGGAAAAGGUUCAUUGUUGGAUGACAGAAACUCGGAAUUGCUAUUCAGAGCCUAUAGAUUACAUGGACGACCAUAACUUUGUUAUAAUGAUGCUUUUGGAUGCUUGUUUCAUCGUGGAAAGUUUUAUACAACAGUAUGACGCAUCUUAUCCUCAUGAUCGUAAAUUCCCUCGUAUCCAAGACAAUGUAGAUUUUUUAUUACUAUACCCAGAAACAUCCCAAGAUAUAUCCAAUGACUUGAUAAAAUUGGAAAAUCAAGUUCCUUUCUUUCUUCUUCAACAUAUGUUUCACAUGAUACCACAACAUAGUCCUCCUGUGUCCUUUAUAAAUCUUACCUACAGUGCUCUUUAUGAUUGGUUCAUAUCUACAUAUAAGAUUUGUUCUGUCGGCAUCGUCCCCAAUGAACCAAAGCACUUGGUCCAUUUCUUAAGCUUCUACUUCAUUCCCUCGCACACUACUGAUGAUAUGAUCCAGAACAAGCAAGAAAUAAAAAAUAGUGAGAACAAGAAGAAGAACAAUUAUAAUUUCUUAAGCUUCUUCAGCACACUUUUCUGUUGCCAACUUUGGCAAAACCCUGAUAAUAAGAAAAAAAAUGAUCAGGAACUUUUGUCUCCUCCAUCCAUAACUGAGCUCUGCGAGUCUGGUGUUACCAUUGAGAAAGCAAAAAAUGCUAAAUACUUGACGAACAUAACUUUCAAAAAUGGGGUUUUAAAAAUCCCACAUUUGCAUAUUUACGACGAAUUUGAACUUAUGUUCCGAAACUUAAUAGCAUUUGAGCAAUUCCCUGCAGGAAAUGAGAACAUGUAUGCAACCCAAUAUAUCUUAUUUAUGGAUGAUUUGAUAAGUACAGAGAAAGACGUACGUUUACUUGUAAACUCUGGAGUCAUAAUCAAUAAUAUUGGAGGCAGUGAUAAAGAAGUUUCAGAAUUGUUUAACAAUCUCGGUAAAUUUGUCAAUCAGUGCCCAAGUCCUUACAUGUUUAACCAUAUCAGUAAAGCUUUGCGUAAGCACUGUAAUGGAAGGUGGAACAAGGCGAAAGCUUCACUGAAACAUAACUAUUUCAAUACGCCAUGGGCCUUUAUCUCCUUCUUUGCUGCAUCCUUCCUCGUUCUUCUUACACUUCUUCAAACCAUUUUCUCUGGCAUCUCUGCAUUUCCUAGCUAGUGUUAAGCAUGUUGAUUAGUGGUGUUAAUGUUAAAUAUCUAAUUGUUGGUUUGUUUGUUUUGUGUCCUCUUUAUUUUGGUGUUUGAUUAAUUAUGCUACUUAUAUCCUUGUAUAUAGAGCUGUUGAUUUUGAGCUCUAUCAUGAAUAUAGAAAUAUUAUUUCAGUCCCUUCA